AUGGACGUCGCUGUACUCAAUGCUGCUGUUCAGACCUGUUACGCUGCAGAAUCUAACGAAGUAGCAAGAGCUGCUGCUUAUAACUUACUGCGGGAUUGGAAAGAUAAUCCUGAUACUUGGCUUCAAGUGCCUCACAUUCUACAGAACGACGCCAGUAGUACGCAUACCAAAUUUUUUGCUCUUCAGGCAGGUUACAGUGUGCUAGAAGAUGCUAUAAAAUACAGGUGGAAUGCGUUACCCGUUGAUCAACGUGCUGAACUGAGAGGCUACAUAUCCGAUUCCGUUGCCAAUCUCACAACAGAUGAAGCAUCUUUCAGAUCGGGUAGGCUCUGUGUCAACAAGUUAAAUUUCAUCCUGGUUCAGUCUUUGGGAAUAACAUAUACCGUGAUGCCUGUACAGAUUGUGAAACAAGAUCCGCCUGCUAUGCUGAGAACCUUUAUUCAUGGUCUUUUUAUUCCUGCUGGCGACAUUAUCCAUGAGAAUUGCAUGGUUAUUUUGAAACUUCUAAGUGAAGAGGUUUUUGAUUUCUCAAGAGGAGAAAUGACUCAGCAAAAGAUAAAACAGCUGAAAGAGCUUCUAAACAGGCAACUGGAGACCCUCCUUCAGCACUUCUCUGUGGAGGCACAUAAGAAUCUCGCUCUUCAAUGUCUGUCAGAGGUUGCAGCACGUAAUCCUGGGGACUUAUACAACAUGCGAUAUGUCAACAUGUACAGCGAAUUCAUCACGAUGUUGCAGGCAAUCCUUCCUUUGGAUACAGAUAUCCCUGCGGCAUAUUCAACUGGAACUAGUGAAGAUCAGGCAUAUAUGUUAUGUGGUUCUUCCUGGAACUUUAGGCUUCAGAUGUCCAACCGAGGGAUGAUUUUACAUAAACGAAUCCUAGAAUCUGCUCCCGAAAAUGUUCUUUUGUUACGUACCGGUCUGGAAUAUCUCACUCACAUAUCAUAUGUUGAUGACAAUGUAGUAUUUAAGGUUUGUUUGGCCUUUYGGGAUCCAUUAGUUUUGGAGUUGUGUGAGUCGCAUCAUCAUGCUGAGCACUCUGCACUGAUUACACGCCCGUUUGUAUUGAUGAUGAAUUACUUUCAAAAAUUUUGUGGCGGCACAGAGCGGCAAAAUAUGUAUUCUCAUAUAUUGUCAAGGUUAAGGAGGCUCAUGAUUAGUCGCAUGACUAAGCCUGAAGAAGCGCUAAUUGCUGAGGACGAAAAUGAGAACAUUGACCAUCUCGAGUAUAAGUUAGUGCGGAAGACAUUAAUCAACCUUUUAGACCUUGAUCCUGAUGAUACCGAACAACAGAUAYUGAGUAUGCUAAGCGAAGAGAUACGCCAACUGUCAAGCAAACUGAUAAGCACAGAGAUACGCCAACUGCUAAAAAAAGAGAACCGGCCUUGGGACAAUCUGAACACUUUAUGCUGUGCUAUUGGGUCUAUUUCUGGUUCCAUGGGAACAGAACAGUUAGCCCUCCAGCUCGGUAGUGUUAGAGAUAAUAGUGCCGAGCUAUAG